UGUCUGUCUGGUGGGUGGCAGAGUUCAGCUCCCUGGAGAAGGAGGGACGUCCCAAAGAAGGGUCUUUGAGGAAGGGGUUGGGGGAGACAUCAGGAGAAGGCUCUCAGGAGCUGUCUCAGGGGAGCGAGGGCUUUUGGGGGAUAGCUGGGGUCCAACAGAUAAACCACUGUGCAGCCUGAGGGAGGUACUUCUUGGCCUAAGGCCUUGGGUAGGCAGGGGCGAAGUUCUCACAGAAGCGUGUGGGGGGGAGACUAGAGGAAGUGGCUGGGCCUGAACUGGCACUGUGCCUGACACAAGGGCUUGUGCAUCCCCCCAGUACUCAGCUCUGCCUUUUGUGCCAAUCCUCGGGGCAGGGACCCUUCUCUUCCAACUCUUCUGUGCUCUGACCCCUGGUUACCUGUGGCCCUGUGGAAGGAAGAAGGACCAGUGUCUGAGCCCAGGAGUGGAACCCAAACACUGGUGACAGAGUUCAUCCUAGUUUCGGGGAAUUGGAUUUAUUAUCCUUGUAUCCACAUAGAGGGUGACACUGCACUCCUGUUAUUAUAUACUUGCACCUUUGGAUUGUUGGUUGGGGGUCUGCCUGCCUUCCUGGCUGACUGCUGACAGAAUUCCUGAGGUCUUCCACAGUUCUCUGGUGGCUGCACCUUCAUUGGCCGCUGUAACCCAGACAAUUUGUUUACAGAAAGUUCAGGAGCCCUGGAAAGGAGAAAGAAUAAAACGACAGGAGGAAGAGAGAGAGAGGGUAGAAUGGAAGAAUCUCACUUCAAUUCUAACCCAUACUUCUGGCCUUCCAUCCCCACAGUCUCAGGACAGAUUGAGAACACAAUGUUCAUCAACAAGAUGAAGGAUCAACUGCUGCCAGAGAAGGGGUGUGGGCUGGCUCCACCCCACUACCCCACCUUGCUGACAGUGCCUGCCUCAGUGUCCCUGCCCUCGGGCAUUAGUAUGGACACAGAGUCCAAGUCAGACCAGCUGACCCCACAUAGCCAGGCAUCCGUUACCCAGAAUAUCACGGUGGUCCCUGUGCCGUCUACAGGACUGAUGACUGCUGGAGUCUCCUGUUCUCAGAGGUGGAGAAGAGAAGGGAGUCAAUCAAGGGGUCCUGGUUUGGUAAUCACGUCCCCCUCAGGCUCCCUUGUGACCACAGCCUCAUCAGCUCAGACCUUCCCCAUUUCGGCUCCCAUGAUUGUCUCAGCUCUUCCCCCUGGCUCACAAGCCCUGCAGGUGGUCCCUGACCUCUCCAAGAAGGUAUCAACAGCCCUAACGGAGGAAGGAGGCGGAGGUGGUGGUGGAGGUGGCAAUGUGGCUCCUAAGCCCCCACGGGGGCGAAAGAAGAAGCGGAUGCUGGAAUCAGGACUGCCCGAAAUGAAUGACCCUUAUGUCCUGUCUCCUGAGGAUGAUGAUGAACAUCAAAAAGAUGGAAAGACCUAUAGGAGCGAAGGGAACUGCGGCACAGGAAAUGGACAGAGCCUUGGGCUCAUGGAUUCAGUUCCCGGCUCCACCACGAACUUGCUGUGUGACCCUGGGUGCCGGAUGUGCUCACUGACAUUCUACUCAAAGUCGGAGAUGCAGAUCCACUCCAAGUCACACACCGAGACCAAGCCCCACAAGUGCCCACAUUGUUCCAAGACCUUCGCCAACAGCUCCUACCUGGCCCAGCACAUCCGUAUCCACUCAGGGGCCAAGCCCUACAGUUGUAACUUCUGUGAGAAAUCCUUCCGCCAGCUCUCUCAUCUCCAGCAGCACACCCGGAUCCACUCCAAGAUGCAUACGGAGACCAUCAAGCCCCACAAGUGCCCGCACUGCUCCAAGACCUUCGCCAACACCUCCUACCUGGCCCAGCACCUCCGUAUCCACUCGGGGGCCAAGCCCUACAACUGUUCCUACUGCCAGAAGGCCUUCCGCCAGCUCUCCCACCUCCAGCAGCACACACGAAUCCACACCGGUGAUAGACCAUACAAAUGUGCACACCCAGGCUGUGAGAAAGCCUUCACACAGCUCUCCAAUCUGCAGUCCCACAGACGGCAGCACAACAAAGAUAAACCCUUCAAGUGCCACAACUGUCAUCGGGCGUAUACAGACGCAGCCUCACUAGAGGUGCACCUAUCUACGCACACGGUGAAGCACGCCAAGGUGUACACCUGCACUAUCUGUAGUCGGGCAUAUACGUCGGAAACCUACCUUAUGAAACAUAUGCGCAAACACAACCCUCCCGAUCUCCAGCAACAAGUACAGGCAGCGGCGGCGGCAGCAGCAGUGGCCCAGGCCCAAGCUCAAGCUCAAGCUCAAGCCCAGGCUCAAGCCCAAGCCCAAGCCCAGGCCCAGGCCCAGGCCCAAGCCCAGGCUUCCCAGGCAUCACAGCAGCAGCAGCAGCAGCAGCAGCAGCAGCAGCCACAGCCACCACACUUCCAGUCCCCUGGGGCAGCCCCCCAGGGUGGGGGUGGUGGGGACAGUAACCCCAACCCUCCACCCCAGUGUUCCUUUGACCUGACCCCCUAUUAGAUAGUGGAGCAUCAUAAGGACAUCUGCCUCACUGUCACCACCAGCACCAUCCAGGUGGAGCACCUGGCCAGCUCGUAGAAACCUGUGCUGCCACCCACUGGGAAGAGGGGAAAGAAGUUCUGGUCCCCUCUUUCUCCAACUCCUCUUGGUGGGAAAAGUCCUCUUCUUCCUUGACAGGCCUUGUCUCCAUCUCCUUGGGCCUCAGGCACGGCCUUCCUUCACAGGAUACCAUCCUUAUUUUCAACUCUUCAAAAGGAACAUCAGCCCUCCUGAUUGGCAAAGGAAUACUGAGCUGGUAGUAUAAUCCAGCAGCCUCCCCUCCCAAGCAUAGCUUUUAAAAAUUGGGGGUUGGUGCUCAAGGGAGGGAUUUGCUAUGACCUCAUAGAAACUUUUCCAGUGUGGGCACUUAACUCUCUCCUUACCCUCAUAAUCCUCAAAGUUCAGGCUGAUAGAAGACGAGAGGCUGGCCCUCCCAGAUACCAGAGAGAAGGGAGCCCUAAAUGCAACCAGCCUCCUGUUCUGUUCUUGCCUGCAAAAGAACAGGUUUCUCACGUGCCCCGAUCCCUGGGAGCUGUUUCCUUCCCCUCGUGGUCUCACUUCAGUUCUGACGUAAUGCUGGAGGAAGGAGAUCUGGGUGGGGGUUAAACCCCCUUUAUUUGUAAAAGCAUGGGCUGAGAUGUGGUCCCCAAGGGGCCAGUGAUCCCCAAAAUGGUCAAGGGUUGCUUAGAAGUGUGGGUUACUGUUUUCCUUGGAGCCUCUCCUCUUCUCUGCCAACCAAGGCCCUGUACUCUCUGUCUCCCUAUCCCCAAAUCUAAGGAGCUGUGGGAGCUUUGUUUUCUUGAUAAAAUCCCAAAACAAGGGGUGUUGCAGAGAAGGGAGAGUUCAGGGCAAACACAAGGACUGGACUUAGCUCCCUAGGUGCCACGGUCAGUUGCCGGACACGGAUUUAUAUAUAAAUAUAUAUAUAUAUAUAUAUAAAUAUAUAUAUACCCACUCAUCACGACCAUCUUUGUUGUAACCAUUUCUGCGUUUAUAAAUGCAUUAUCUCUGAGAAUUUUCAUA